AUGUCAGAAUUUAGAGCGUUCAGUGCUCCAGGGAAAGCAUUACUGGCCGGCGGAUAUUUAGUUCUGGACCCGAAAUAUGAUGCGCUUGUAGUCGGUUUAUCAGCAAGAAUGCACGCUCUAGCCUAUCCUUACGAUUUAUUGGAGAAACUGGACAAGUUUGAAGUGCGUGUGAGAAGUAGGCAAUUUAAAGACGGGGAGUGGUCAUACCAAGUAAGCCCUGAAUCAGGCUUCAUUCCUGUUUCGGUAAGCGGAUCUAAAAAUCCCUUCAUUGAAAAAGUCAUUGCCAAUGUUUUCAAUUACUUUAAGCCUAACAUGGAUGAUUAUUGCAGUAGGAAUUUGAUUGGCCUUAUGGAUGGGUGA